UGGUCCUGGUUUCAAACUUGAAGAGUAUGCUGCUCGGUAUUAGCCGUUGUUCAGAUUCUCUUUACUCAUGUACUCGGCGUCGUUUUGUCAACGUGUGACCUAUAGACAGGAGUGCCUCUCUUGGAAACACAGGCACCCUUGUCUGUGGAUUAUUGGCUAACCCUUCAUGCGCACAAGAAGUAGAUGUGGCAGGCUUCUGUACGGCUAUUAUCACUACCUGUCUGACGCGCCAACAACUACUAACCGGGCGCACAAUUAGCUAAUGUGCGCCAUCAUGAUUAUUGGGUCCUGUGGCAAUGACUCCAUUCAUUCCCCAUUCCGGCUGAGUGGCGGGAUGAAACUGGACCUGCCCACCCUGUCAUUAAUACCCGUGUGUCACGCCCGGGUGGAAGCUUUCACCAACAACACCCGCUGAAUCAUUCUCCGGGGUAGAAAGAACCGGUGAGCAGCCAUAUCUUCGCUGUCAGAGUCCUCUGAGAGCUAGCGGUUUUCCCGGCAGUGUUUCACACUCUUAUCCUAACGGUAGUUGACAGAGGAGGGAUAGUUGAGACCGCGAAAUGGCGGUCCGAAGACAACAGGUGGGUGUGAACGUGGAUGCGCUGAGGGAAAGGUGCUUCAGGGACGGUGUGCUGUUCAAGGAUGAUGAGUUCCCGGCGUCAGAUCGCUCCAUAUCACCCCAAGGGGACCCAAGACUGGCCGGUAGACAAGUCUUCUGGAGACGACCGAAGGAACUGACAAACAGUCCGCAGUUGGGCAGCUGUACGGAUUCGUUUGACGUCGACCCGGGAGAACUAGGGAGCGCGCGGAUAGUCGCCAGCAUGUCGUCUGUGUGCCAGAACUCCAAGUUGUUCCGCCAUGCGGUCCAGCCGGAACUGCAGGGGUUCUCCGAGGGCUACUGCGGGCUCUUCAGUUUUCGACUGUGGGGACCUGACGGGUGGACAGAAGUAGCCGUGGACGACAGGCUCCCCACCAUAGACGGGAAGCUCGUGUUCGCACACUCCGUGUCUAAGCGGCAUUUCUGGGCGUCGCUUCUGGAGAAGGCCUACGCAAAGCUUCUGGGUAGCUAUGCGGCAUUGAGAGAGCUGUCAACAACAGACGCCGUCGAAGACUGGACAGGAGGCAUCUCCGAGGUCUACUUUCUCAAGGAAAAACUUCCCGGCCAUUUCUUUAGUCUCAUUCAGAAGGCGUUUGAGCGUUAUUCUCUGCUGAGCUGUUACAUUUCGUCUCCAGAAAAACCGCCCCAGCGAAAGCUGACAGCCAGUGGGUUGUAUGCUGAGCAGGCCUACGCGAUAUCUGCACUGGCCAAGGUAAGAGUCAGGACACCGAGGGGUGACGACAGAGAGAUUCCUCUAUUGCGACUGCGCAGUCCGCACGGAGAGACCGUGGACUGGAAGGGUUCCUGGAGUGAGGAAUCCAUAGAAUGGAAGAGUAUAUCCAACGAACAGCGAGAAAUGAUGGGCCUGACGUUUGACAGUUCAGGGGAAGUCUGGAUGGCCCUUGAUGACUUUGUAAAGCAGUUCACGUACUUGGAGAUCUGCCACGUGCCUCCUGAGGUCAUCAGGGAUCAGCGCAAGAGAUGGGUCAUGGCCGGCGCGCAUGGGCAGUGGACGGAGGGACUGACCGCAGGAGGGUGCUCACAAGUCAAAGACACGUUCUGGAUCAACCCACAGUUCAGGCUACAUCUAGUGGAGAACGACAAGGAUGCGAACCCGGGAGAAGAGCCCGGAUGUAGCUGCGUCAUAUCCCUCCGCCAGAGACAGAGAAGGGGGAAGCCGCUGAGGACGAUAGGAUUUGCUGUCUAUAAUCCCAAAGGUGCGCGCCUGCCUCUGGGUCCCGACUUCUUCUCGUCCCACGCGUCUGUGGCCCGGUCCGCGGAGUACGUCAGCCUGAGGCAGGUCGCCCGGCGGGUCCGGCUGCCUGCUGCCGAGUACAUCAUCGUCCCGUCCACGUACGACCCUCACGAGGACGGACUCUUCUCUCUCAGGGUCUGCAGCGGCAGUAACGCAGUGUUGAGAGAUGUUCUAGACAAACCACGAGAGAUGACCGUCCAGGUACAGAUACCAUUAGACCCAGAGAAGUUGCGAGGCCAGGAGGAGGUUUUUAGGCAGUAUUUCUAUAACGUCUCAGGCGAGGCAAUGGAGGUAACUCCCUACCAACUUGUGGAGCUCUUAAACAUUGUCGGAAACAAAGAUAUGAACCAAAGACAUUUCACGCUUAAAGCCUGCAGACAUAUAGUAGCCUUGAGAGACGUCGAUCACAGAGGCACGAUGUCGUACGAGGAGUUCAGAUCUAUGCUACUGGAUACGCUGUUGUGGAAGCACAUCUUCAACAAGUAUGACCGGGCGAAGUGUGACGCAUUCCCCGCCAUGUACCUGGGCAUGGCGCUUCAGGACAUAGGUUUUCUUCCCGACUCCACUACCCUGACGUGCCUGUACCUGAUGUUUGCUGACGAACACCACAACCUGUCGUUUGAAAGCUUUGUUCUCUGUGCGUGUCGUCUCAAGAGCAGUCUGGCGGCAUACCGGCGUCACCAGGACCCCCUAGAGGAUAGCGCCAAGAUGGAUUUGCGACAGGUAAAUUGCAUUAAGUACAUUAGAGGAGCCUCGCAACACGAACACUACAAAGCCAAGUAGGUCGGGGAGGUCUCUUUUUAGUGAAAAGACUUUUGCGCCCUUUCCUUCCAGUUACCAAGAGAAAGUGAUUUCUGCAGGGAUGGAAGUCAGAACAGCCGAAGGGAAAUUACUGACUCAGAGGGAUCUACAGGAAUUUUCACUUGUGUUGCCACAAAUAGGCCGCAUGACUUACAGAGACCGACGUGUAGUGAAUGCCGAUUUCAACAGGGUAACAUUAUCGCAGUGCUAAGGCAAAGUCAAAACUGUUUUUGCGUGGUACAGAUACCGGCCCGUUCAAUCAUGUAUCUAAUGGGUGUGAGAAAGUGGCAAAGUGCAGAGAAUGGUCAUUGUGAUCAUCAGAGUAAUGCUGAGUUAGCGGUCGGGGUGUAAGGUCAACGCUAACAGCUCUGAGAAACUUUUUUCACCCUCCAGACAGCUCAAAAGAUCGGUUAACAAAUCUCUGAAAUAGCCACUACAUAGCAAGGGAAAACGAUUAUUAGCAAUAUGGUUGUCCCAGUGGAUGGCGCCGGUGCAAAAGCAUGUCAUUCGCGAAUGUUGCAGAAGGAACAAAGACGGUGGUGAAAAUGUUGAAUGCAUAAAUCAUAAGGUGCUACCAUAGUACUAGUACCUGACCCUCAAGCAUGAGGAGCUGAGUGGACUGGGUUAAAGUUAACUACGGGGAAAUUGGAAAGCUGCUCCAGACUAAUUCUACUACGAAUGCUCAGAGGUACAUUGAAUUUGUCACGUUAGGCAAUUUCACGUAACAUUACAUUCUGAAUCAUCACCCAAGAACGAAAACGAAUUAUACACCAUACAGCAGAUGAUUGACAAUUUUUUCCAUUCAGUAUACCCAGUACAAGAGUGCACUUUGCUUACUAAGAUUUGCAUUUAUCCAAGAUGUACACGAAUGUCAGAACGUUGAAUUGACUAAUCUCCAAGCAGAUCUAUCGGUGGCCAUCCAGUAUCCAACAGGCCACAUGAGGCCUGUGGUCCUUGAGAUACUGCCUUCCCACCGAUAGGUCUGCUUAGAGACUAGAAUUGACUGUUGUACCUGGUUCUGUACCUCCAGCUGCUGCAUCUGUGUCUGUAUGCCUAGUCCGUGGCCUGUCCGUGGUGCUGACCUGGCGGUGGUACAGGCACGGCGCCAUCCGCAACCGGAGAGCAACUAUUGGGGGGCACUUUCACAGUUUCCUGUCCAUGUAGAACCUUCUGAAACCAUCUUAUCACAGCUGAUUAGAAAGAUGGAUGUUGAACACGGCAUGUUUUCAAUCAGCAUAUUCUAAAACAAUAAUAUAAUAACUAAUUACUGUUAUAUUGCAGAGCAUAUGGUCAGCCAUCAGAUACACUACUGGUAUUACGUUGAACACAAUCUGACAUUGUGUGAACAUUUUGAUUGACAUAAGCCUCUGAUUAGAUUCUAGCUAACAUAAUUCACGGUAUGUCUUGGAGACAUGAUAAACAACAUCCGAUUUGUUGUACUAAGUGCGUUUUGUUUGAUCGACCGUUUGUGUAUGUAUUGAUGCUGUACAUUAACACUCGCUAAACGUCCCGUAAGCAUGUAACGUUACCACCCCAUUAGCUAUUGUACAUAUUGUGUGAAUGUGGGGCCAUCAAGGGGAACUCAUCCGCUAGAAGUACUGACGCAAGUAGGGCUAGAGACUUGAUCAUGUCUCUUUUAAGAAAUAAUACGAUCCAUGAUUAUGCAACUA